GGGCCAAAAGCACACUGGCCUGAGCAGUAGGCCUCUGAAAAGAGAGGAGUUAAGGCACCAGUCACCCCACCCAGAGCACCAGCUCUCUCCUGCUUAAAGAUGUUCCACCAAAUUUGGGCAGUGGUGCUGUACCUUUAUGGCAUUCUCCUUAACUCCAUCUAUCAGUGCCCUGAGCACAGUCAAUUGACAACGCUGGGAGUGGAUGAGAACAAGUCCCCAGAUCCUCACCUGGGCCGAUGGUACUUUAUCGCAGGAGCAGCUCCCACCCAGGAGGAGUUGUCAACUUUUGACUCUGUGGACAAUAUCGUUUUCAAUAUGGCUGCCAGCUCUGUCCCAAAGCAGCUUCAGCUUCGCGCUGGCAUCCGCACGAAAAAUGGGCAUUGUAUACCUAGGCAAUGGACCUACCACUUGACUGAGGGGAGCACAGAUCUCAGAACCCAAGGCCGUCCCGACAUGAAGACUGAACUCUUCUCCAGUGCAUGCCCAGGUGGAAUCAUACUGAAAGAGAUGGAUCAGGGUUACCAGCGCUUCCUCCUGUACAAUCGCUUGCCACACCCUCCAGAGAAGUGUGUGGAGGAAUUUCAGUCCCUGACCUCCUGCUUGGAUUUCAAAGCCUUCUUAGUGACUCCCAGGAAUCAAGAGACCUGUGGACUGUCUAGUAACUGACCUGUGACUUCAUCUGUGACCCCAGAUAGAUAUGCUGGGAGCUGAGUUGCUAGAGGGAGAAGCUGGAGUCUUUAUCAAUUCCCUUUCAAGAAUAAUAAAGAUGACUUUUAGUCCC